CUGUUAGUGUGAGCAAGGUAAAGGUUGGGUGUCUCGCGCCCCUAGCCAUUAGGAGGGUGGAGGGGGUGCCCCUCCCCCCAUAGCCCCGGGGAGGUUCUCCCAUCAUCCCCUCAUUGCAACGAGGUUCGCGGCAAGGAAGAAAAAGGUCCAGCAGGUGAAAUCUGUGGCAAUGGUGGGAGCUCAGCAGAUAGAGAUGCAGGCAGCAGCAGUGCCCUCAGUGGUCCCAACAGGUGGAGGUCCUGGUGGUGGCAGUGGUGAUCAUCAAUAUGAAUGCUUAGAAUGCGGCAAGGUGUUCAAAUGGUCAUCACGGCUCAUCCAUCACCAGCGGACUCACACAGGCGAGCGGCCUUAUAAGUGCUCAGAAUGCCCCAAGGCUUUCAAAGGUUCAUCAGCCUUGCUGUAUCACCAGCGUGGACACACGGGUGAGCGACCAUAUAAGUGUAGUGAAUGUGGCAAGGCCUUUAAACGGUCAUCCUUGCUUCAGAUCCAUCAGAGUGUACAUACUGGUCUGCGUGCUUUUAAAUGUGCUCAUUGUGGCCAAGCCUUUAAGUGGUCUUCCCAUUACCAAUAUCACCUGCGCCAACAUACUGGAGAACGCCCCUAUCCCUGUCCAGCAUGUGAUAAGGCCUUUAAGAACUCUUCUAGCUUGCGACGGCACCGCCACACACAUACAGGUGAACGUCCUUAUGUCUGCCCUAUGUGCGGCAAAGCUUUCACUCAAUCCACAAACCUACGACAGCAUCAGCGAGUGCACACUGGUGAGAGACCCUAUCGAUGCCAGGACUGUGGUAAAGCUUUCACGCACUCAUCUAAUCUAGCACUGCAUUGCCGAUCAGCACACACUGCCCGCUCUGUUCACACCUGUGUUAUUUGUAGUAAAGCUUUUGCAUCUGAAACCUAUUUGCAGCAACACUUGGAGACUCAUGCUGACGUUGCACCUCCAGCACAACUCUUCUUAGAGGAGCCAACCACCACGGUAGAGAUGAUGUUUCGAUGUAGUAUGUGCCAUCUUACUUUUUCCUUGCAAGAGCAACUGCUAAGUCACCAAGAAACACACUUGGCUCCAAUAGAGCCAUUGCCUCUGCCAGAAAUGCCAUCACCAUCAGUGCAGGAGGAGACGGCACCUGUAGUAUCUCCCACGCCCUCAGUAUCUUGCUCAGUGUGUGGUAAAACUUUCAAGAGUGCAGCAGGCUUAGCAAGGCAUCAGAGUCAACAUUCAUCAGAUCGCACAUACACAUGUGUGGUGUGUGAGCGUUCCUUCCCUGCACUGGCCAGCUUAUUAGGCCACCAGCGUUCACAUCCUGCAGCUGAACAGAGACUGGAGGAAGCUGAAGUGACCUGUCCAGCACAGGCUGAGCCAGUGCCUACAGCCACUGCAACACCACCUCCACCACCUGAGCGACCAUAUGUGUGUGGAGAAUGUGGAAAAUCAUUCAAGGGCUCCUCGGGGCUACGUUAUCACCUCCGUGAUCACACAGGGGAGCGCCCCUAUGCUUGUAGUGAGUGUGGGAAGGCCUUCAAGCGCUCUUCGCUGCUGCGCAUUCACCAGCGGGUGCAUACAGGGCUGCGUGCCUUCACCUGCCCCACCUGUGGCAUGGCAUUCAAAUGGGCCUCUCAUUACCAAUACCACUUACGCCAGCAUACUGGAGAGCGACCAUAUGCCUGUCAGGAUUGUGGGAAAGCUUUUAAGAAUACCUCAUGCCUCCGUCGGCACCAACAGCUGCAUACAGGGGAACGUCCCUUUGCCUGCCAGACUUGUGGCAAAGCUUUCACUCAGACUUCCAACCUCCGACAACAUCAGCGGGUACACACUGGUGAAAGGCCCUAUUGCUGCCGAGACUGUGGCAAGGCAUUCACUCACUCAUCCAACUUAGCACUGCACCGACGCACCCACUCCCGGGAACGUCCCUUCCAGUGUCCAGUUUGUUGCAAGGCUUUUGUCAUGGCAUCUUACUUACAGCGUCAUUUGCGUACCCAUAACAGCAGUGAGGCAGCCAAUCAUCCAACUGCCUUGUCUGCUGCCACCCAGGAGGUACAAAUCGUGCCCAACAUGCAGGCCACUCUGAAUGUUGAGCUAAGUGGCAACCCAUCCCCAGCUCUUUCUUCCAACAGUCAAAGUUUCUUGCUAGUGCAGACAGCUCAGGGCUUGCAGCUCAUUCCCAGUGUGCAGCAGCAGCAGCAGCAACCACUUCUGCAAAGUUCACCCCCCAAAUUCAUUCUUUUGCCUAGUCCACAGAUGGUAACAACUACACCUGUUGCUUCAACAACUUUUACCCUGGUGCCAAAUACUUCCACUACUCCAAACAAACCUGUCAUACUCCGUCAAAGUAAGGGAAAGAAGCCUGUGUCAGUACCUACCCCCGCACCACCAGUAUCUAGCAACCAGAAUAUUAUUUUAAUGCCCAGUGCCACUGGAGCCAAUAUGCAGCCUAUCCCUAAUGUACAAAUCCAGAGGUCACCAGGACUGCAGACCAACGGACAGAAUGUUAUGGUGCUCCAGAGUUUACCGGAUCAGCAGUUGGGCACAGUGCAGAUACAAUAUAUACCACCCAAUCCAUUAACAAGUGCUAUCCAGAUUCAAACUCUGCCUCAGCAAGUCCAAAACCUUUCCACUGCUCAGCAAAGUGGCACACUGCAAAUACAGACUUUGCCUACUGCCCAGCAAUCUGGCACAAUUCAGAUCCAGGCUGUUCCUAACCCUCCACAGACUGGUCUUGUACAGAUUCGUAGUCUGCCUCUAUCCCAGAACACUGUGCAAAUUCAGGGUCUGUCCAAUUAUCCACCUGCUGGCACAGUGCAUUUUCAAACACUUCAGCCUUCACAAAAGAUGAAUACUGUGCAAUUUCAGGCUGUAACAUCUUCCCAGCAGGUGGGGACCCUGCAGUUCCAAAACCUCCAGUCUUCCCAACAAGUAAACUCUCUUCAGAUCCAGACUUUGACAUCUUGUCAGCAGGCCAACUCUCUUCAGAUUCAAAAUUUGCCUCAGUCAAAUCAGUCUGUGAACAGUGUUGAAAUCCAAGGCCUUGCUCCUUCCCAACAGUUGGAUAGUGCAAAUCAGAUCCAGGGGCUUAUAUCUUCCCAGGAAGGACAGCAGCUUCAGCCUCCAGAAGAGAUGGCCAGUGUCCAACUUCAGACUCUGGGCUCAGCUCAAGCAAUGAAUGAGAUUGGAACUGCUCUGUCUAGUUCACAUGAGCUCUCUGAAGUGGACCUCCACCAGGAAUCCAACAUGGAAGAAGAAAACCUGAUUGUUGUACAGAAUUCUCCAGAAGAGGAACUGCUAGGGCCUGGAGGUGAGGUUGAGAACCUCGAGGGUGUGCAAGACAUGCAUAUUGAGACUCUGCAGACUGAAGAAGGGAUUCAAAAUGUAUUAGUGUUGAGGAGGGCAAGUGGAGAACAAACCCGUUGGUGUGUUCAGGAAGUAGAAAACAUCCAGACUUUGCAAGAGCUGCCUGGCCUCCAAUUACAUAGUACUGAUGGUAGCUCAGGGACUGGGCAGAAUCUGUUUAUUAUCCGCAAUGCACAGGGUGAACAGACUCUCCAAGUACUAGAGAGUUUACCGACCCUGCAGGUAGGUAGUCCAGAUAACAGUCAAGCUGCUGUUGAAAGCAACAGCAGUUCUCAAAUGGUGCAGCUUUUACAAAACCCAGUUGCAUCCCAAGGACUGCCUUCCAUUCAGAUUGUGCAAACAGUACCAAACAUGCAACUUGUUCACACCUUCUAAAAAACAGCUUCCUCACAUACCUGGACUGGAGUAUUGGUCAGAAACAGUCUGAUUUCUACAAAGAAUAAGAAUGGGGCAAAGAAUAAGAAUACAUAUACUAUAUUUGAGGUGGUCAACUCACCAAGUGAGUUCUGCUUGGAUUCCUCCGGACAAAUUUUCUUAAAAAAUAACUGGGUUCAACUCCUUGCCUGCUAAUCCAAAGCAUGUCCUUUGUUAUUCUUCUGAUCCUAUGUGGCCUGCCACUGCUGCUUCUAUCCCUGCAGCCACAAUAAUCCUUGUGCCAUGCCUCUCAGCAUCCAUAUAUAUUGCACACGAGAAACUGCCAGCCCAGUCUUUUAUUUUUACCCAAAUCCAUCCCUCUAUUUAAAACAUUUUGUUCUAGCAAAAAAAAAAAAAAGCGCCUAAUUCAGGACUUCUACCCAUUCUAUUAGACAGGAAUGUGAUUAAUGGGUAGCUGAUCUUUCCAUUUCCCUUCUGUGGACCAUGGACCAUGGACCAUACUGCUGUGAAAUAGCAUAAUCCUUUUGUAAAAUAGGAAAUUGGGGUCAUUCAGGCUUGAGAUUGCUUGAUACUUAUAGGAGACAGUUUUAUGAGCUAUUAUAGAUUGCAUCAUACAGCUACAAUGGCUUUUAUGGCUAAUUCCUUCUGUUUCUAUUAUAGCCCUUUUAUCAUGUGCAGAAGUACAUUUCUUCCUGAGUGGACCUUUUAGUUCCUGGUGCUAACAAACACAACAGAAUCAAAGAUCCUUGUGAGCUGAAAUGAAAAUAAAAGACUGCUUUGAUGCAGAUCAUUUUUCAGUUGUAUUUUUUUAGUGUACCAUCAUACAUAGGCUGGAUCACAUUUAUGAUGCAAUAAUGUUAAAUAUUUCUGCAAUACUUUUUUAGUAAUUUUUAAAUAUUUUAUCUGUUACUGAGCUGGGGUAAGAAAAUGUAAGGUAGGUUCUUCAGGGUUUCUGCCUUUAACUUGAGAAGCAGGUUGUGCAUUAAACUACUAACUUAAGGCCUUUUUAAAAAGGUGAAAACUUGAAGGGA